UUCCUCUCUGAUCCUGUCUACUACCAUGCAUUUUGGGAUCCUUACAUCUGUCGUCGCAUUAUCGCGUAUUGCAGUGACUGUUGCACAGUAUUCAAAUGUGGUGUGCAGUGCAAGUUACACAUGGGCAAGCAACUCACUGAACCAGAAUCCAUGCAUCAUCGCCUCCUAUCUAGAGUCCCAAUGUGACAGAGGUGGCUUCACUGUAGCCGCACUUUCU